AUGUCCGUCCUGACUAUCGUCCAACGAGCUCUCCCCUUCCCCUGGAGAAGACGCUCCUCCACCAGCAAAGGCAAAGAAAAGGAGGAUGUAUUUGACCUGGACCUCGAGUCCUCCGAACAUGACUCAGACUACCUCUAUGAAAAGCCCCCCGCUCCCCAAUUUGCCGCCGUACCCUCUCCGCCCCUGCACCAUGACGUCUCCCACGCCCUGCAUAUAGCGGUGAAGCAGAGUCCAGACCAAACAAUCGACCCCAACGAAGCCUCUAGCGAAUACUCCGAUGUGGACUCGGACUCAAAUUCCGAGUUCGACCAACAAGAGUCUUCCUCGUCCCCGCGCGUUCGCUUCGGGCGCAUGGUCAGCUGGGCGAGUAUUGUUCGCAACCGAUGUCGAUGGACACAAGAACAGGAGAAUGAGCUUCUCGGCGCAGAGAAGCAGUUAGCACGAUGUCAGAAAGCGUGGAGCUCUGAGCAGGAACUAUGGCUAUCCUAUAUCCAAGUUCUACGCGAAGAAAAAGAAGCCCAUGAAGGCUUCCUGCUGAUGCGACUGAAACAGCAAGGCGACGAACAGAUCCAAUUCCGCAAGGUCUGGAAACGACGUCGAUCUGUUGAAAGUGCCGUUCAGGAAAAACAGAUCACUCUCACAGUGAAAAGGAAUAACAGUGGGCUACAAAGACUACGUCGACUGCAACUCGGCUAUCUAAGUCCUAGUCCCAGUGCUGGUCUAGCCAAAGCUCCGGCAGUAACAUGUCAAGCAUGA